AUGGGGAGUAGUAGUGGAAAUUCAAGUAGCGGCGAGAAUUACAAAUCGACGGAAAUGAUGUCUACGGAUGAAGCGGGAAGGGGUACGAGAGAUUUGACGGUGAAAUUGGGGAAGAGAGGAGGAAAAGAAAGAAAGGAAAGAGAAGAAGAUCGGGACGAAUCCUCCGAGGAACCGGCAAGGAUCAGGCGUAAGAGCAUGAAGAUGGGAGAAGAAGAGGAAAUACCGAGAAAGAGUGCAGAAGAUGAAAGAGUAAGAGUGGAAGCUGGAAUAAAGAAGAGAAUCGAGGAGGAAACAACUAGGAGGCACAGUGAGAGGCAGAGGGAAAUGGAAAGAAAGAUGGAGGAACAAAAACGGCAGGAGCGCGAAGAAAAGAAAAUAAGAAUAUGCGAACAAGAGGAAGAUGGAACGGAGGCAGUACAGAAGGAGUUGGAGAGAAUUAUGGAAGCGACGGGAAAAGAAAACGGGGGCAAAAUUACGUUCACGAGGGGGGACCAAAUUACAGUCAGGGAUGCGGUUUAUAAAAUUCAGAACCAGAUCAUAAAUAUUUUGCGGAAUCAAGUUAAAUUGGAAAAGAAAUUGCACACAAAAAAUGAAGGAAAGGAAAUUCAAGAUGUAGGGCGGAUGAGUGAAAAGAGAGUGAAUGUGAGAAGGAAGGAAAAGUCAAGGGGGGUAAUGACGGAGGAUAGCGACACGGAAGAAUGGAAAGAAAGACCGGUGAGGAGGCGACGUAAGACUUAUGCGGAGGCUAGUAAGGGAACGACAAGAGAAAGGAUUGAGGGAAGAGUAGUAGUAGUAGGAGAGGAAGGGUGGAAAACGCCGCCCCAAAAGAAGGCCACGGAGACGGCUCUGAUCGUCUCAAGCAAGGAGGAGAGUGAUGCUAGGAAGCUUGCGGAGGCCCUUGCCAAGCAGGUAUCCGUAAAGGAUAUUGGGGGGGCUCCGCAGGGGGUAAGAAAGAUAAGAGAUGGGAAAGUAGUUAUUAUACCAAGGUAUUUAGAGCAAAAGGGCAAAAUUAAAGAAACACUGGAAAAGAUGCAGCAGGUAGAGGUAAGAGAGAGCAGACGAUCGGAGCCGUUGCUGAUGGUAUCGGGAGUGGAGAAGGGACUGACCGACCAGGAACUAACAGAAAAAUUACUAAGAGGAUUUGAGGGUAGUGUGAAUGUGGAAAGGGGGGACUUAAAAGUAUUAAAAAGAGUGGCUUGCAGGAACAAUUGGAAAGAGAACAUAGUUUUGAAAACGAGUAUAGAGAACUCCAAAUUAUAG